AUGACCAAAUUAGCUAUUGCUAUGUGCAUAGUCAUUCUAUUGGCGUCGGUGGAACAUCGAGUUGAGGCAACCGUGGUAAGGUUGUUGACGGAUUUUAUCCAAAAUAACGUCGCAGGCAUUCCGCUGAUUCACAAAACGGAGGAGUAUGACUUCGAUCCGGAGAUAAGCAAAAAACGAAGAGAGCUAUACUAUGAGCUUCACGGAUACCGUGGCGAAAAAGUGAUCGAACGGCUUGGUCUCGGCAUCGAUGGCAAACACCACGAGCGACUUGCCUACCAGCAGCAGCGCGACGAGGGACAUCUGCAGGGUCUUAACUAUCUGCAACCUUAGAAGGAAUCCAAU